CUCCGGAGGAAGCAACAAAACUUUGUAUAAAUUUUCAGAAUCUUGCGCCUCAAACUUGCUUUUCUAAAUCUGAGUCCCAAGAUUCAAUCAUUAAUUAAAUAAAAACACUUCUGAUCCAAAUAAAAACUUCAUUUCGAUCUAAAAAUCACUUCUUCAACCACUAACCACACCCCUAUUCUUCUCCAAAACCCUCAAAUCAGAUUCACUAAAGAUCGUAACUUUACUUCAAGAAAUCACACACCCACUAAUCAGUGAUCAUCGUAACUCAUAACCCGCGAUCCAAAAUUUCAGUUCACGAACUGGGUAUAACCAAACCAGAUCGACCCUGUUUUUAGCCGAAAACCCCGGUAAUUUUAAUGUUUUGGAGGGAGCGAGAAAGGGAGAUCAACAAAGAGCAAAAUGGAGGUCCCCUUUGUGGGCAGGUUCGAGUUCUUUUUGUUGGAGAUUCAGGUGUGGGGAAAACUUCUCUUGUAAAUCUGAUUGUGAAAGGUACUGUAACGAAGCAUCCUCCUCAAACAAUCGGAUGUACAGUUGAUGUGAAGCAUUUUACUUACGGAAGUGCCGGUAGUUCUUCAGAUAGUGUUAAAGGUGACAAGGAGAGAGAAUUCUUUAUUGAACUAUGGGAUGUCUCCGGACAUGACCGUUAUGCAGACUGUCGUUCCAUCUUUUAUUCUCAAAUAAACGGUGUUAUCUUUGUACAUGAUCUCUCUCAAAGAAGGACAAAAACAAGUUUGAAGAAAUGGGCUGCGGAAAUUGCAGCCACAGGGACAUUUUCAGCCCCACUAGCAAAUGGCGGUCCAGGUGGCCUACCUGUACCAUAUCUUGUGAUUGGUAACAAAGCAGAUGUGGCUGCCAAAGAGGGCACAAGAGGUAGCAGUGGCAAUCUUGUUGACAUGGCUCUUCAAUGGGUCGAGAAGCAGGGUUUACUUUCAUCAAGUGAGGAACUACCUUUGGUUGACAGUUUUCCGGGAAGUGGCGGACUUAUGGCGGCUGCAAAAGAAGCAAGAUAUGACAAGGAGUCUGUGAUGAAGUUUUUCCGUAUGUUGGUAAGAAGAAGAUACUUUUCAGACGAGUUACCUCUAGCAAGCCCAUGGUCUACCUCAGUACAAAGACCGUUGCAAAGGCCCGGGGACAAUUUGAUUGAGGAAGAACAACCAUACACCAGUACACGGACGUUUGGUGAUCCGUACAAGUACAAUGUACUACCACCACUUCCGGCUCAACGAAACCUGACCCCACCUCCGACUCUUUAUCCUCAGCAGCCGGUGUUGACGCCUGAAAACAACUACUACAACAUCCCAAGAUUCAACUUGAGUGGAGCUCAAGAAUUAAACACUAUUAGAUCCAAACGUAAUGAUAUUAAUGUAUGAUUUGGCUUUCUUUUUCUUACUAUAUUGAUUGUAAACAAACUAGCCCAUUCAUUUUUUGACCCGCGCCAGGGUGUGUUGUUCGUGGCAACUUGGUUUGAUUUCUUGCAUCGUCGAAUUUAAAUCAUUCUGGUAUUGUUGGAAUGAUGAAAUUAGUGUGAUCAUGCUAUAUACGUAUGUGUACAUCUUUUGUAAUGUGUUACAUCAUGUAAUAAAUCAAACAAAUAUUUAACAUU